AUGGAAAGUGCCCGUUUAAUAAAAUGGCGUAAUGAAUAUUUGGAAAAGAUAACCGAGUACAGAAAUAGCGGAAGAAAAAUUUAUUACUUAGAUGAAACGUGGUUUGACACUAACGAAACAAUUGGCAAAGUUUGGAGUAAUGACAAUGUAAAGUACAAAGUUAAUGUACCACCUUCCAGGGGCAAACGAAUAUGCAUUUUGCAUUGUGGAGGGGAAGAUGGUUGGGUAACCGAUAGCUUACUAUUAAGUGCAAAAGACAUUAAAGACAGUUGUUUGGACUAUCAUCAAGAUAUUACGGGUGAACUUUUCGAAUCGUGGUUUAAAAAUAACUUAUUACCAAAUUUAGCAGACAACAGUGUUAUUGUUUUAGAUAAUGCAUCAUAUCAUUCUAGACAACUUAAAAAAAUUCCGAAUAAAUACUCUAGAAAGGAUGAAUUGCAAGAUUUUUUAUUAUCACAAGAUUUAUAUUUUGAAGAUUGGUACACUAAAGACCAAUUAGUAGAGGUACUUAAUACAAAAUUAUUUGUAAAUGAAUAUAUUAUUGAUAAUGCAGCAAGUAAAAAUGGACAUACAACUUUAAGACUACCACCAUAUUACUGCGUUUUAAAUCCAAUAGAGUUGUUAUGGUCUCAACUGAAAUAUAAUGUGAGACAAAAAAAUUUGAAAGUCCUUCAACAAGUAGAGAUGCACACAUGUUUCAAUCAUAUGAGAUACCCUUUUGUAGAAGUAUUUGGAACUCAAUUUGGAAGAUAA